AUGCCUUCGACAAUGGAUGUCUCGAGAAAGAAGGCCAAGGUCAUUCGGACAGCGGAUGAGAGCGAGACCUUCGAAGCCGACGUCACUAUCCAUGUGGAUGGGCUGGUUGGCUCAGCUACCAUCUCCCCAAGCGGCCGAGAUAUAGCUCUUGCAUCACCCGAGGGCCUCGCAGUCAUUGACCUCGACUCACCCUAUAGUCCACCUCGCAGGCUGAGCAGCCAUGGCUCUCCUUGGCUGGUGGUAGAUGUGCAAUGGUCACCUUUCGCUGCGCGAGAUUACUGGGUGGCUUCAACAGCUAAUCAUCGUUGUCUCAUAUGGAACCUCAAUCUUCGCGAAGAUGCCGCAAAUGGUGCCAUCGAGCAUUCUCUGCAGGGCCACAGCAGGGCAAUCACAGACAUCAACUUCUCUGCACACCAUCCCGACAUGCUCGCCACCUGUGCUGUCGACGGCUAUGUUCACAGCUGGGAUUUACGAAGGCCAAGAAAGCCUGCCUUGACUUUCUGCGAUUGGUAUGCUGGAGCCACACAAGUCAAGUACAAUCGCCAGGAUCCACACAUCCUUGCUUCGUCUCACGAUCGAUGGCUUCAUAUUUGGGACGAGAGGAAGACUUCAAAACCCCUCAAGUCUAUCAAUGCCCAUACCUCCAAGAUCUAUGGUUUGGAUUGGAAUCGCACCGACGCCAAUCGUGUGGCUACAUGCUCUUUGGACAAGACCAUCAAGCUCUGGGACUACAAAACAUCUGAUGAACCGGAACGUAUCAUUCGGACAGACUUCCCAGUAUGGCGUGCCCGGCAUACACCUUUCGGCUCUGGACUUCUCGCAAUGCCUCAGAGUGAACCUGGUAACCUGUAUUUGUACAACAGAGAGCGGCGCGAAGGUGAAGCCAGCGAUGCUACUGUCGAUCCUGUGGCCAUCUUCCCGGGCCAUGGAAACCACAAGGCCAGAGAAUUCCUCUGGAGAGUUCGUGGUGGUAUCGUGGAUGGGCUUGAUCAGCGAGACUUCCAGCUGGUCUCUUGGGGUGAGGACAAUGAGCUUCGGCUUCAUCAAGUAGAGCCACAUUUGCUUGAGGAGGUGGGCCAUGCCAAAGGGACAGAGGCUCCAGAAAACUUCAUUAUCACCAGGAAGGGGGCUGCCUACAAAAGUUACAGGUCAUUUGGCGACACUGCGCUGAGAGAAAGAAGGGCGACCACUAUGAGCAGUGGUCCAAGACCUGGAAGUGGUGGAGAUCCGUAUAAGCGCAGCGCACUUACACUGGGAAUGCAGUCUGUGUCAGGCCAGUAUCGUCCCGGCUCCGCAUCCUGGAGAGGUCCGUCAAUGAAAGCCAAGGCUACAUCGGGCAAGCCUACCGACAGAAACCUAGACCAACUCGGCUGGAUGAAAGGUAUCACCAUGAGCAAGAAGAAGAGACCGGCCAUCGAACCACCCCAGAGAAAGGAUUCUAGAGACUCGACCAUGUUUGGUUCAACUUUCCACGAUCAUUGGGAGCAGCCAGAGGCCCUGAACGAUGAAUUAGUGCGCCUCGACAACCGAUUGCCUAACGUGCAGUGGGACAACGUCGACAUGAUCAAUCUGAUCGUCGAUGCUUCGUUGAAAGGGCCUUGGGGUACAGAUGGUGACAUGAUUUACUUGAAGAUCAAAGUUGAUGUCCCCCAUGGCUAUCCCAAGUCCAAGGCGCCAAAGUUUAUCAUAGAGAAGACUGCAUUGAUGUCCGAUCAGACACAUGCAAAAAUCGAAACUGAGGUCAAUCAAGUUGCCGCGCAGUUCGCGAAGAAGAGCCAGAAUUGCCUGGAAGUAACAUUUAGUUACUUGCUUGGCGAAACCGACCUGACCAGCAGUACAUCGUUUUUCAAGAAUGUCCGAGAUCUUGACGACGAACUUGACGCAAUGGCUGAUGAGAGUUCGAGCGACGAUGAGGAUAACGAUAUUCCCGCUGGUGGUUCGGCAAGCAUGUCACAGGAGCUUAGUGCUAGUAUCGAGCUUGACCGCGACACAAUGCACGCACCUUUGAAUAUUGGAACAGUUCCCAUAGAUCCUCGCUUGUGUGGCGCUCGCUGGUCCCAUGACGGCAGGUUGGUUUGCUUUUUUCCUUCCAAAGACGAGAAGGCAAGAGCUUUGUUCAUGACUUCCAGCGACAAUUACAAGGAGAAACCGAAGGGCGAACCCACCUUCGCAGGUUUUGGCAGACUGCAGCAAGACUCUCCACCGCCUCGACAGGGACAGCUCGACGGAUCCUCUGUGGCUGAUGAGCAAUCAGAUUCGGAAGAUGAUGACUCUUCGAGUUCCAGUGAUUCUGAGAACACCUACAUGCACAAGAUAAGCAUGUGGUAUCUACCAAACAAGCGAUUUCGGAAGACGUUCAGCGGAAGCUAUUCUAUGCGCUCAAGUGGCGGAGGCACCGGCGUCGACACAGGUACCGGAACUGGCACAAGCAGGCGGCGCAACGCCCGACCCAAGAAUAUUGUUUCUUUGCACGAUUUUCGGGACAUGUUGCCAUCCCGACGAGAGCUGGCACAGGAGUACGCAAUCUUUGGAGACGGCCCUGACGUCUGUCGACACAAUGCACGUGUCGCUGAGAAGUACAAUCGCCCCGACUUGGUACAAGUGUGGGAGUAUGCAGCGUUGAUUUUGCGCAACGAUGUCCCACUGGAAUUGCUUCAUCCGGCGCAGCGCAAGAACUCGGUCCUUGUCGUUGCUAAGGAUAUUGUCUCCCGGUUCAAAGAUCAGCGUUCCAAGAACCCAGCUAGGACUCUGACCGGCAGAGUGAAAUGGGGUCACCAUCCUUUUGCUAAAGAAGUCAUCCGGGAUCUAUUUAACCACUUUGAGUCGAUGGCUGAUGCACAGAUGCUUGCCAUGCUUUCUUGUGUUUUCAGCGAGGCCGCCGCUGAGGACAGCAGAGCCUACGCGGAAUCGCGAUUAACUCAACCGGAGACGCCGCUGCCGAUGAAGGCACCUUCGUUCUCACUGGAUUAUUUCCCGACAGAUGCAUCAUUGUGGUAUGCAAGUCCAAAAUAUCAGAGCCAUGUGACAUCAGCCGUUACAACUCCGGGAACUGUACACACUCCCCUAAAGACGCCUGGAUCCUGGAAUUCAAACGAAGGUUACUGGCCCGGUGAUCCUGCCUCGAACUCAUAUUCUUGCGGAGAGACUCCUCCGUCAAUAACGCCCAGAGAUACUUUGUCUGAACAUGACCCGACUCAGAGCCUUUCGACUUCUCCUGAGCCCCGGCUUUUCCGUCGUGCUAACGCCACGCUGACUCAGAGCUUCGCUUCUAGCUUUCCUAGGCCGUUUGCAAGCACAGUCUCAACGUCACCUCCAACGCGGAAACGCCCAAGCCCGGGCGAGAACUUUUUGGCCAACUUGACACCGAACGUCACAUGGGGCGGCAAUACCAUAAUUGGACCUACAUCCGAGCCCACAACCACUCGGAAUUCCAUGUCUGAUGACGAGGUGAGAAAAGAUGAAGAACAACCACUGGUCUGUACCGGAAUACACAUGCAUAUGGAAGACCAGUCUCAAUUCGACGACGACGGCUGGCUCUCGGUGCCUUUGUUGGAGCCUUCUCGUGUUGAAUUUUUUGAACACUACCGCCGUUCCUAUGCAGAAAUGUUGUCCAUGUGGAACCUUCCGCUUUCUAGACUCGAGAUACUGAAGUUCAACGUCAUGAAUGAUGACAACCAAGUACCAAACUCAGUACAAAUCGGUGGUUCUGAUCAAGAAAAUAUCCAUGAUUGGCAGAGUAACGAUAAUCACAGCCAUACCACUCUGACACUAGCGCAAACCGGCAGCAAGUCGCCAAUUGUGCUGGGUAAGAAAGAGCAGCUUCAAUCUAUUGUCAACUCGGAUCGCGGUCUCGAUGUCGUGGGUAUUUGUCGUGUUCACGAAACACAUUUGGAACCAGUCAAACCUAUUUAUGCAAAUGCGCCGUCGCUAGGAGGCGCGGUGGGUACUUGCGAACGCUGUAAGCGCGCACAGCUGCAGCUGAGCUGCGUGUAUUGCCGUGAGCAACUGGAUGCCAUGUAUGUCCCCUGUCUCGGUUGCGGCUGCGCUAUUCACGAGGUCUGUCUGAACGAGUGGAACUCCUUGGGUGAGACAGAGUGCCCAGCUGGAGAUGAAUGCAAUUGCGUGGAUCAAGCAUGCAAUGGCCAAAUCGAGUCAUGGGCCGUACUUCAGGGUGCGCUACGACAAGGCAAAGUGCAUCAUCAACAGCCGUCUGAUGGGGACAUUCCUAUGACACCUGAGCGCGAAAAGAGCGACUGGGAGAGCGUGGCAAGCGGCUCUCAGCUUCCCGCUGCCGAUGCUCAAGGAAAGCCACUAACUUUAGGUAACUUAGCUGACGGUAAACAGCCCCUCAGUGCUGCCAGGAUCAGCCUCGGCAACCGGCUCAGAAAAUCGGCUGGCCAAUGGGGUAGUACGGCCAGUCUUAGAAAGAAAUCCGGAAGCGUAUCUUCGGCACUGGGGAGACGGUAG